ACAGCGGCCCUCGAGGACCGGAGUUCGACACCCCUGCCUUACGGUAAGGCAUUCAGUUGGGAAGGCUACGUGCGCCGCAAAAGACUUUUAUCUGGAUGGAGAUGCGGCAACAUGUCACAACUACAGAAGUUAAAGUCUGGCUCUCAGAAGCGAAAGGAAAAGAAAGAGAGGGAGAAAAAACAAAAAGAAGGAAGUCAGGUUCUGACUAACUUCUUUACAAAGAAAGAAACUGUCACAGAAAGUGGACCAGCAGCAACAACCCCCUCAUCCUCCUCUGAUGCAGACUUGAGACAAGGACAGUUUUGAGUAAAGAAUAUUGCCACCUGCGUCCAGCACUGUGGCUAUUUCCAUGUCUGAGCCGUAUAACAUUCUUGGAGGAAAGCCCAGCCUUCUGUUUAUGUGUGGGUCAAGGAGCCUCUGACAGCCUCCAUGCUGGCUGCUGCUCUGCCCCAGGACCAGAAGCAGAUGCUGGGAAAGCGUCUGUACCACCUGUUCCAGGACAUCCAGCCCAGCCUGGUUGGAAAGGUCACCGGCAUAAUGUUAGAGUUGGACAACGCUGAGAUUCUCCACCUGCUCCACCUGCAUGGCUCUCCAUGCCAAGAUAUGACCAAGACGGGGAAGCCAGACUCGUACUGGAGAGACAUCUGCCAAAAAUAUGCCCAGGGCAGCUACCAGUUUUCCACAGGCAAAAGGCCCGGUGGUAAGAAAUGGAAAAGAGUCCUGGAGUGUAUCGAUGCUUGCCCGCUGCAGAGCAAGAGCAAGGUGGAUCUGUUCGGGAGACACCUAAAAUGCUCUUGUGGGUUCCAUAAGGUAGCUCCACCACACCAUCUCCGUGGCCCACACCAUCUCCGCGGCCCACAGCAGUUUCCAGAGUUGGACAACGCUGAGAUUCUCCACCUGCAUGGCUCUGCAUACCAAGGUGGAUGAGGCGGUGGCUGUGUACAAGAUGUACCUGGCCAAAGAAGCCACUAAGAACACUGUGACAAUAACAUUUGCUGAAGAAAAACAUGAAAAAAUUGGAAUUUCAUAGACCAGAAAGUGAAAGCACAUUUUUUUAAUGAAUGCAAUUAGGAACCUUUCCAUCUGGUAUUUUAUUCCUUUUAAAGUCAUGAAAUGCACAUUGACAAGUUUUUGCUUGCAGUCAAUGAAAUGAAUUGACAUGAUUUGUGUUUGUGUAACAACAAACAUCAUAAUUUCAAUGUCCCUACGUUCUGUACACCGUUCACCACCAGAGGUCAUCAUCUCCAGAAUUCUAUGAAUUGAAAUAAAUACUGUGUGCUGGAAAGACCCGGUGGAUCUGAGCGAGGUUCAAAUUCCCUUGUUCUCAUUUGUUGAGUUUUUUUAUUUAUAACCCGCUAUUAAAGCUCCAUCUAUUGUAGUGUAAGUGCUCAUUCUUCUCUAACCUGUUAACUGUACUUAGCUCUAACUCAGAUGCUCUUUCGUCAGGGUUUGGAGCCACAGACACUGAAGGAUGUGAGGACACAUAAACAUGUAGUUUAAUGUGGUUUAAUGUUGACAAUCUUUCAUGAGGAUGAUUAGAAUUCUCAGGAAUGUCUAGCCUGUUUUUUGUUGAGCAAGGUAGAAAUGAAAAAGGGAUCAUAACGUAUUUGUAUUUUGAUAUACAUAUCUGUUCUCGUAAUAUCUGACACUAUGAUAAUGUAGCCGGUGUGUGGUGAAACUCACUCCUCAAGUAUGUAAAAG